UGCGAGUGGCUUCUCGCUUCGUUUCUCGGGAUCGACCACCGUCCCUCGUGCUGAGCUGCUAGGAAGCUGCCGUCGGCGAGCUCGUAGGAGCUUGAAACCGUCGUUACCCCUCCGACUUUCACCAGAGGGAUAAAAAUGGUUGAAGCAGAUCGCCCAGGAAAGCUCUUCAUCGGUGGCCUCAAUACAGAAACAAAUGAGAAAGCUCUUGAAGCAGUAUUUGGCAAAUAUGGACGAAUAGUGGAAGUUCUCUUGAUGAAAGAUCGUGAAACCAACAAAUCUAGAGGAUUUGCUUUUGUCACCUUUGAAAGCCCAGCAGAUGCUAAAGAUGCAGCUAGAGACAUGAAUGGAAAGUCCUUAGAUGGAAAAGCCAUCAAGGUAGAACAAGCCACUAAACCAUCAUUUGAAAGUGGUAGACGUGGACCACCUCCACCUCCAAGAAGCAGAGGCCCUCCAAGAGGCCUUAGAGGCGGAAGAGGAGGAAGUGGAGGAACCAGGGGACCUCCCUCACGUGGAGGGCACAUGGAUGAUGGUGGUUAUUCCAUGAAUUUUAACAUGAGUUCUUCCAGGGGACCACUUCCAGUAAAAAGAGGACCACCGCCACGAAGUGGGGGUCCUCCUCCUAAAAGAUCUGCCCCUUCAGGACCAGUUCGCAGCAGCAAUGGAAUGGGAGGAAGAGCUCCUGUAUCACGUGGAAGAGAUAGUUAUGGAGGUCCACCUCGAAGGGAACCCCUGCCCUCUCGUAGAGAUGUUUAUUUGUCCCCAAGAGAUGAUGGAUAUUCUACUAAAGACAGCUAUUCAAGCAGAGAUUACCCAAGUUCUCGUGAUACAAGAGAUUAUGCACCACCACCAAGAGAUUAUACUUACCGUGAUUAUGGUCAUUCCAGUUCACGUGAUGACUAUCCAUCAAGAGGCUAUAGUGAUAGAGAUGGCUAUGGUCGUGAUCGUGACUAUUCAGAUCAUCCAAGUGGAGGUUCCUACAGAGAUUCAUAUGAGAGUUAUGGUAACUCACGUAGUGCUCCACCUACAUGAGGGCUCCCGCCAUCUUAUGGUGGAAGCAGUCGCUAUGAUGAUUACAGCAGCUCACGUGACGGAUAUGGUGGAAGUCGAGACAGUUACUCAAGCAGCUGAAGUGAUCUCUACUCAAGUGGUCGUGAUCGGGUUGGCAGACAAGAAAGAGGGCUUCCCCCUUCUAUGGAAAGGGGGUACCCUCCUCCGCGAGAUUCCUACAGCAGUUCAAGCUGCGGAGCACCAAGAGGUGGUGGCCGUGGAGGAAGCCGAUCUGAUAGAGGGGGAGACAGAAGCAGAUAUUAAAAACAAACAAAACUUUGGACCAAAAUCCCUGUUCAAAGAAACAAACAAAAGUGGAACCUAUUCUAUCAUAACUACCCAAGGACUACUAAAAGGAAAGAUUGUGUUACCUUUUUUAAAUUUCCUGUUAAGUUCCCCUUCCAUAAUUUUUAUGUUCUUGUGAGGAAAAAGAGUAAAACAUGUUUAAUCUUUGAUUUUAUGAAUUACUUUCAACAAGCAAAUGUUAAGUGUGUUAAGACUUGACAUGUGUACUAGUAUUGUAAUUUUCCAAGUAAAAGUGUCCCUAAAGGCCACUUUCUAUAAGAUUUUCCCCAGUAAAUGAGGCAAGCAAUUCUAAGAUCCUUCACA